CUCAUGCCCCGCCCCCUCCCUGUCACGGGGGUGUGGCCUGGCCUCUCCCACCGCCCUCUUCCCCUGCCCAGCCUGGCAUUGGCACAGUCCACACAAGGCUCUCCUGGCAGCCAACACGGGCCUCCAGACCACAGGGAAAACCAUGGAGACAUCAGGACCCUCCUCCCAGACUCCAGAUCAUAGUCGAGUCCAUGGAGAAACAGAAGAUCUAGACUAUGAAGAGACGGAUUUCCACAAGCCAGACAGGGAGGCUGGACUCCUUUCUCAUGAACAACCCAAGCAGAUCAAGAGAGACAAGUCUUCUACCUCCUUCUCCUCUUCUUCCCCCUCCUCCUCUUCCUCCUCGUCAUCCUCCUCUUCCUCAGGUGCUGAGCAUGAGGAGCCUGACCUUUUGACGGAUGAACUUCAGCUCUAUGGAGGUGCCCCUGGAGAGGUGGUGCCCUCUGGAGAAUCAGGACUCCGAAGAAGAGGUUCUGACCCAGCAAGUGGAGAAGUGGAGGCCUCUGAGUUAAGAAGACUGAAUAUAAAGAAAGAUGAUGAGUUUUUCCAUUUUGUCCUGCUCUGCUUUGCCAUUGGGACCUUGCUGGUGUGUUAUCACUAUUACGCAGACUGGUUCAUGUCCCUUGGGGUCGGCCUACUCACCUUCGCCUCCCUGGAGACAGUCGGCAUCUACUUUGGGCUGGGUCACGGUGAGGUCAUUGGCAAAACCCCAUGGAAAAAAUGGGCAGUUCCACAAAACUGCAACAAAAACAGUUUAAAGUGGCAAACAAACAGAAUUAGCCAGAGAUCGAAAACAAGGCAGUUCACGGAGUGGGUGUACCGGAUCCACAGCGUCCUGCACGGCUUCAUCCCCCUCUUUCAGAAGCUUAGGCUGAUGGGAUUCAGGAAGACCGACUGAGGCCAGUGCUGGGCCGGCAGCCACGCUGGGCCCCAGUAUGACCACCACUGCAUCUCCUGGAUGUGCCAGGGCAGAGCCCCGUUCUGGGAGACACGCGGGCGGGCCAGUCUAGAGCAAUAAAGAGAGCACUUUUCCUUCCGUGUAGUCUGAACGUUGGCACCAGCCUGGACCUGGGUAUCAUUUGGGCAGUAUUGGCAUGCAGUCCAGCUGCCAGGAUGGAAAGCAGAGGCAAGGUGCCAGGCCUAUGCCCUUUGCGGUUCCUGGAUCAGCAGGAUUCUAGGAUGUCACUGCUCUCAGGAGACAGUAGGAGACCCCUGGGCCCUGCAAGCUGUCAUCUGUGUGGGCUCCUGAUUCCUCUCAAAUCCCCAGGCCAUCCAGGUGGGGUGAGAGAGGGAAGAGAGCCCACUGCCCCGCGGCAGGGAGCCAUCAUGCCAGGCCCCCAGGGUGAACCUGAUACAGGCGAGCUGCUGGGGACUAAAGCCACAGCAUCUAGGCAUCUUCUCUAGCCCCAUUGCCUAGUGCCAGCCCCGCUGCCUUGGAUUCCAUCAAGAUUCAAAUAAACGUUUUCUUCCCUCGACUAAAAAGAGUCAGCUAAAUGUUCCUUCAAGUUUCUUGAGCAUGAGAACACAUUUGGAGUCUCCUUUGACCCCAUCUAGUCAGGGAGGACACCUUGUCUAUUGGAUAAAGUAUAAAAGGGAAUAAAUGUACAGCCCCUCACAUAAGGUCCAAGACUCAAAUUGCACAAGUUCAGAAAGAGGGUUUUGCAUACUUUCCUAUGAAAAGAUCUGGGGCUGCUAGGUGCUCUAAGCCCAACAAAUACCAAAGGAGUGAAAUAGAAGCACACAUACACAAAAAUCCCUUGCAAAAUUGGGUUGCAUAAAUGGAGGUACAGAGUCUAGAUUGAAGGAGGUGAUAGUACACCCUACUUUACACAGCUAUUCCACACCAACGCACAUACUCAGUUCUAGAUUCACAUCUCAAGAGCAAUAGUGACAAACUAGAAAACAUACAGAAGAGACCAGAGUGGGAAUAGAAAGAAUGAUUGAAGAAACGAGAACUCUUCAAUUUACAGAAGAGAAAAGUGGGGCUUUCCCUGAGCUCACAGAUUCUUGGAGGAUACUUUCUCAAGUGCUUAUGAUGGUCCAAGUACAGUCACAUAUGUUAUCUGAUUUAAUUCUCACAGCAGCCUUGAGAUGUGUCAGUCAUCCUCAUUUUGCAGAUGGAGAAAGAGACUCAAAGAGCUUUAGUAACUUCUCAAGUUCCCACAGCAAAGCAAGUGGCACAGCCUCCAUCUGAACCCAAGCUUAAGCUCUCCUUAUGCCAAGCUGCCUUACAGAGCUUGGCCAGUCUAGGCCCCCACUCCAGGCAAAGCAGCCCCAAGGCAGCUGUACUUUUUCCCAGACUUUGGGAUUUCUGAGUUAGAGAGUAUUUUUUUUCUUUUUUUUUUUUUUAAGAUUUUAUUUAUUUAUUCAUAAGAGACAGAGAGAGAGAGGCAGAGGGAGAAGCAGGCUCCCCGCUGAGCAGGGAGCCCGAUGUGGGACUCGAUCCCAGGACCCUGGGAUCAUGACCUGAGCCAAAGGCAGACGCUCAACCAUCUGAGCCACCCAGGUGCCCAGAGAGUAUUGUUUUAAGAAAUGAGAGGAAGGGGGCGCCUGGCUGGCUCAGUUGGUGGAGCAUGUGACUCUUGAUCUUGAUCUUGGGGUUGUAAGUUCAAGUCCUGUGUUAGGUGUAGAGAUUACUUAAAAAUAAGAUUUUUAAAAAUAAAUAAAUAAAAUAGGGGCACCUGGGUGGCUCAGUCAGUUAAGUGGCCGACUCUUAAUUUCGACCACUUAGGGUCCUGAAAUUGAGCCCUGCGUUCGGCUCCACGUUUGAGGGAUGGUGCGGAGCCUGCUUGAGAUUCUCUCUCUCCCUCUGCCCCUCCCCAACCCCCACUUGCAUGUUUGCAUGCACUCUCUCUCAUAAAUAAAUAAGUAAAUAAGUAAAUAAAUAAUAAAUAAAAUUAAAAAGUUAGAGGAGGGCUGCCAACUCUUUCCCUUGCUAAUUGGAGACAAUAAAAAUAACAAAAACCAUCAACUAUCAGCAUCAUUUUAUAAAAGAAAAAAUAGUUUUACACCAAAAAAGCAGGGAAAUUAUCAGCAGAAACAAAAGAGGGUUUUACAUGAACAAAGCUUGGGGCGCCUGGGUGGCUCAGUCGUUAAGCGUCUGCCUUCAGCUCAGGUCAUGAUCCCAGAGUCCUGGGAUCGAGCCCCCGCAUCGAGCCCCCGCAUCGAGCCCCCGCAUCGAGCCCCCGCAUCGAGCCCCCGCAUCGAGCCCCGCAUGGGGCUCCCCGCUCAGCGGGAAGCCUGCUUCUCCCUCUCCCACUCCCCCUGCUUGUGUUCCUUCUCUUGCUGUGUCUCUCUCUGUCAAAUAAGUAAAUAAGAUCUUUAAAAAAAUAAAUAAAUGAAAAAAGCUUUAUGAAAAUUUUACUGCGUGUCCUUUUUCCUCAAAUCCACCAUAGUCUGGUGAAAAAAAAAUCAUCAUUCAGAAACCACGGAACUGGAGAAUUUCCAAGGACUUUUACAUUCUCUUUUUCUACUCUCGCUCUAAGACACCUCUCUCAAUGACGCUUACGGCAUUAUUUCAGAAGAAUAGUGACGUCCAAGGAGGGAAUGUUCUUGGUAGUCACGACUGUGCUGUCUCAACAUUUAGCUCCGAGCCCAGCCCUGACAUGGAUGCCCGUGGCACAGUUCUCUGCCUUUGCUCCUCUUCCUCAAGAUUGUUUUGUUGUUCUGGGUCCCUUGCAUUUCCACACUGAGUUUUAGGAGCAGCUCAUCAACUUCACAAAGAAGCCAGUGGGAAUUGUGAUACGACUGCAUUGCAUCUGUAGAUAAAUUUGAAGAGUAUGGUGCUUCUUUUUUUAGUGAUUUAUUACCUUUUUAACAUUUACAUUAGAAAAAAAAAUUUUGCACCAAAUCCUAGCACCCAAAAUCAACCACAGUUAGGUAUUUGGGUGUGUUUCCUGUGAGUCUUUAGUGCAUGAGGUAUUUAUUUUUAUUUUGGGCC